ACUCAGUUGAGUUUUAUUUAUAAAUACGGACCUAAAUAAUUAAAUAUACAAAUUAUGAAAUGUAAAGUAGCAAAAACAAUGCAAAAUGUAUGAAUUGAUUGAGUUUUUAAAUAAUUGUAGACAGUCCUAAAAGAGAAGAAUAUAGAAAUGUCAAGUGUCAUCUUAGGUGUAUUUAUAUUUUUUAGAAAAUCGACUGGUUAUUUCCAAACAAAGCAUAAGUAUAUGGUCAGUCACAAUCGAGAUUAGGUAAUAAAUUAAAUCUAAUAAAUUAGUAUGGGUUCCAGUAGUAAGAAACAUAAGGAUAAAGAGUCAUCGAGAAAGCGAAGGCAUGAAGAAGCUUCUUCACACGAUGCCCCCAAAGAGAAGCGACACAAACACAAGAAGCACCACCACCACAAGGAAAAAAGACGUGAUAAGUCUUCGAAAUAUUACGAGGAAGAACCAAAGUCUUCUAGACAUUAUGAAACUACAGAGAAGGCAACGAAAUACGCAUACGAGAGUGAUGGUUCAGACGUUGUCGAAAUCAUUGACAAUGAUCCAUUGCCGCCAACAAAAACAGCUACUAUCACCACCAAAGAAAAAGAAACGUAUUCAGAGCCCCCAAACCAUUCGUCCACCCAACAAAGCGUUGAAUCGCUAUCAAUCGAGGAAACAAAUAAACUCAGAGCCAAAUUAGGCCUCAAACCACUCGUAGUAGGCACCUCCAAUGUCGGCACCAGCUCCAAAGACAGAAGCGACGGUCUCAAAAAAGACGAUUUGGGCGAAUUUUACCACAAACCCGCCGAAAAUAUCAAAGACAAGAACCAACAGGAGAAAAUCCGCUCCAAGUUAGCGGAAAUCCGCGAAAAACGCCAGAUCCACAACAAAUUAUCGUCAGUAAAAACUCUGGCGGAAUCGGAAGACGAAGACGAUCUAGCUCUAUGGGUGGACAAGUCCAGGAAGAAAGAGCAAAUGAAGAAGGAAGCGGAAAAAAGAGCGAAAAUGCUGGAAGAGCUGGACGCUCAAUUCGGCAUCAGCGAUUUCAUGGAAUCGGAGAAUCGAGAAAAGAUGAAACAUAAAUAUACCGAAAAGGAUUUGAAAGGACUCACCGUGCAGCACGAUGUCGAUACGUUCGAUGAGGAAAAGACCGUCAUAUUGACGCUGAAAGAUCAAGGUGUAUUAGACGAGGACGACGACGUUUUGGUCAACGUAAAUAUGAUCGACGACGAACGGUAUAAGAAAAAUAUCGAUAAUAAGAAGAAGAAAACCGCUUAUAAUCCGUACGAGGAUUCAGAGUUCGAUGAAGAGGGAAAUUAUCAAGGGAAAUCCUUGUUGGGCAAGUACGACGAGGAAAUCGACGGUGCUAAAAAGGAGACUUUCCGAAUAGGUUUCGACAACUCAGUCGAACGCAAACAAGCCGCCGUACAAAGCGUCAAAGCUAAACUGGCCCAAAAGCGGCUGGAGAGCGUCGCCGAAAGUAAUCGCACCAUAGCGUCCGAUUACUACAACGAAGAAGAGCUAGCCAAAUUCAAGAAACCCAAAAAGAAGGUGCGGAAAAUCAGAUCGAAAGGGAAAUUGCUGACCAAAGAUGAAAUUAAACCGGACAACGCCGGUAUCGAAAGUAUCGGAUCGAGAAGGCCGAGGGUGAAAAACGAUUAUGAUUACGAUAUCGACGAUGUACCCAUGGUCAAUAUCAACGUCAGCGAUUUGAAGCUAGACGAUGAUAAAGACGAUGUGUUGGAGAAAGCGUUGCACAAAGCUAGGACCAUGAAACAGAAGGAUAACAUCAUAGCCGAUAUUAUUAAGAGCGAAGUCAAAGCAGAACCUGAAGAAGAUGUUGACGGUACGAACAUUGUUCUGAACGCCACCGCUGAAUUUUGCCGCACCUUGGGCGACAUCCCUACCUACGGCAAAUCGGGCAACCGAGAGGAAACAGAGGACGCCAUGGACGAUUACGAGAAGGACCUGAAAGACAACAGCGACGAAGAUUGCGAAAUCAUCGAGGACAAUACCGGCUGGAACGCCGUGGACGCGAACCAGGGCAUCAGUUCGACGCAGAUCGGCGCGCAAGACGUCCAGAUUUUAGACGAGGAACCGGACGUCAGCACGGGCGUGGGCGCCGCUUUGAAGCUGGCCAUGUCCAAGGGAUAUUUGGACAAGGAGCAGAGUAAUCGGCCGUCGAACUCGCGUUUGGCCCAUCUGCAGGCCAAGAACUAUUCCAUCGAAGAUAAAUCUUAUGGGGAGGAAGGGGAACGACAAGGGAGGAGGGAAAGGUAUGCGGGGCCCAUUACUGACUUCAAAGAGAAGGAUAGUUUCAAGCCGAAUGUUAAGUUGGAGUAUAUCGAUGAUGAUGGACACAUACUCAAUUCCAAGGAAGCUUUUAGAUAUCUAUCUCACAAAUUCCACGGCAAGGGCCCGGGCAAAAAUAAAGUCGAAAAGCGUAUUCAAAAGAGCGUCCAGGAGCAGCUCAUGAAGAAAAUGAGUUCGACCGAUACGCCUUUAGGAACGCUAAACAUGUUGCAGGCGAAACAGAAAGAGACCCAAUCGGCCUACGUGGUUUUAUCCGGGAAUAAACAGUCGCAGUCUACGUCGUUGUCGAAAACCAGGCGAUAAUUUUGUCACAUUAACCGUUAAUAAUGUUAAUUAUAUUCGAUUUGUAUCUCUAAUGUGCGGUUUAAAACAAAACGAACUUUCAUAUUUAUUACGUUAAAUUUGUCACUGUCGAUUGUCAGACGUACCGGAACUGUCACUUGUCGCGUUUGACGUCUGUCAGACCUGUCGUUUGUUAUACGUGAAGCGAAUGCUAUUAGUUUUAGUAGGUCGAAAGCUUUUUGAGUUUGUUUUAAAUAUAAGUUGGUUUUUGUUUGUAUAUAAUUAGAAAUUGUAUCAUUAUAAUAAAUAAACGAUAAGUAAGA